CAAAACCCCAAAGUACAUGAAAAAAUGGGACUGUAUUCAAAAAUGCCAUUUGCAGCAGUUUGAAAAAUCCAUUCUAUUGAAUUUUGUUGACGGCAAAGUUCUGUUUUCUCAUCAGUCUUAUGCUGAGUAUUUUGUUGCGACUUUUCUGUGGGAUGAUUUUACUAACUUGAAAAGCAUUAUUAAGAAUGUUUUGUUCUAUUUCAAGGGGAUAAGAAGAUUUUUCAUAAAAAUAAUUGAAAAAAAUUUCAAACUCUUCGUUCUUGGAAUUGCCCAAGAGAUGUCUUUUGUUUCUGAAGAUGUUGUUUUCUGGGCUUGUGAAAGUAAUGCCAUAGAGUUGUUGAAAUAUGUGCUUUCAAAGAUAUUUCUGUUUAGGCCAAGGGAGACCAAAAUGCUCCAUGUUGCCAUCGAAAGUGGCAGUGACAAAAUCUGUUCCUAUUUGAUCGAUGAAUGUAAAGUGCAUCCAGAUGUCAAGUAUGAUGACGGAAGAGCUUCUCUUCAUUCAGCCGUAAUAUAUGGACAUAGAAAUUUAGUUCAGUUGCUGCUACGUAAAGGAGCUGAUAUAAACAUUCGAAAUACAGAGGGAUGGUCAGCUCUGCAUUAUGCCGUUCAUCACAAACAAACUGCCAUUGCCAAACUUUUGAUCGAUAAAGGCAUUAACGUGAAUUCCCUAAACAAAAAUAAAUGGAGUGCGUUUCAUAUUUCCUGUAAUAAUGGUGAUGCUGAUAUGACAAACAUGUUAAUACAGAGAGAUGCACAGCUGGAUAUACAGACAAACGAAGGAAAAACUGCUCUUCAUUUAGCUGCGGCAAGAGGACACACAGAAGUUAUAAUCAUUCUGAUUGAAAAUUUGAUCAAACACAAUCCCUUGAGCAGUGUGAUCGACAUUCCAUUUCAGAUAGCUGUUAGUUACGGUCACAAUUCUGUAAGAGAAAUGCUAAUCAGCAAAUUUCCCGAACUAAAUGACAUUGCAGCCGAUGUCGACGAUCCUCUAAUCCACAUUGCAGCUAAGGGAGGAAUUGUUCAAAAUGUCAAAAGAUUGAUAAACGAUGGCGCCAAUGUUGAUGCAAUGAAUAAAACAGGGCAUACAGCUUUGCACCUUAGUGCAUCUGCAGGUCACCGCCAUGUUGUUGAGUUGUUGCUUGAUAAAGGUGCUAUGGUGAAUGCAGUUGAUAUGGAUAAAUGGACACCGCUUCAUUGGGCCUGCCAGUGUGGUCAUAAAGAUGUUGUGGAUACAUUACUUAGAAGAGGUGCCAAUAUUGACGCAUUGACUCACAAUAAAAUGACAGCACUUCAUAAAAGCGUUUCCAUAGGACACUGCGUUAUUGUGGAUUUACUGCUCAAGAAAGGUGCAAACAUAGACGCUGUUUGUGAACAUGAUAUGACGUCACUGCACUUGGCGUGUCAGAAUGGUCAUAGAGACGUUGUGGAGACAUUGCUCAGAAGAGGUGCCAAUAUUGACGCAGUGACUCACAGUAAAUGGACAGCUCUCCAUGUAAGUUCUUCCAAAGGUCACUGCGUUAUUGUCGAUUUACUGCUUGAUAAGGGUGCAGAAGUCAACGCUGUUGAAAUAGAUAAAUGGACACCGCUUCAUUGGGCGUGCCAAAAUGGUCACAAAGAUGUAGUAAAGACUUUGAUUAAAAAAGGUGCUAACAUUGACGCAUUGAGUCGUGCGAAAUGGACAGCUCUCCAUGUAAGUGCUUCCGAAGGUCACUGCGAUAUUGUAAGUUUACUGCUUGAUAAAGGUGCAAACGUGAAUGCUGAUGUAAUCAGUAAAUGGACGCCCCUUCAUUGGGCAUGCCAGAAUGGUCAUAGAGAUGUUGUGGAGGUAUUGCUAAGAAAAGGUGCCAAUAUUGACGCACUGACUCACAGUAAAUGGACAGCUCUUCAUGUAAGUGCUUCCAAAGGACACUGUGACAUUGUCGUUUUACUGGUAGAGAAAGGUGCAAAUGUAAAUGCUGUUGACGAAGAUAAUGUAACGCCACUUUAUUUGGCUUGCCAGAAUGGCCACAGAGAUGUAGUUAAGGCAUUGAUCAAUAAAGAUGCCAGUAUUAAAGAAAUGUUCCAUAAUACAUUUAUAGGUUUUCCGAGAAAUGAUUCCAAGCGAAACUACGUCAAUAUACAGUUACUGUUUGGUAUAGGUGCAAAUAAAAAGGAUCUUGAACUAGAUAAACGGAAACCGCUUCAUUCGGCAUGUAAGAAUGGCAAUAAAGAGGUUGAGGAGGCAUUGAUCAAAAGAGAAGUCAAUAUUGAAACAUUGACUAACAGUAAAAGGACAGCUCUUCAUGUAAGUGCUUCCAAAGGUCACUGCGAUAUUGUAGAUUUACUACUUGAUAGUGGUGCGAACGUAAACGCAUUUGAUAUAGCAAAAUGGACACCGCUUCAUUUGGCCUGUCAGAAUGGUCAUAAAGAAGUUGUGAAGAUAUUGCUGAGAAGAAGUGCCAUUAUUGACGCACGGACUCACUGUAAAAAGACAGCUCUCCAUGUAAGUGCUUCCAAAGGUCACUACGAUAUUGUGGUUUUUCUGGUAGAGAAAGGUGCUAAAAUAAAUGCUAUUGAUGAAGAUAAUGUGACGCCUCUUUAUAUAGCAUGCCAGAGUGAUUACAAAGAUGUAGUGAAGACAUUAAUUGAAAAAGGUGCCAGUGUUAACGAAAUGUCUCACAAUAAAUUUACUGCUCUUCAUCAAAACGAUUCCAAGCGUAAUUGCGUCAAUUUAGAUAUACUUCUUGGCAAAGGUGCAAAUAUGACGUCUAUUGAAAUAGAUAAAUGGACACCGCUUCAUUGGGCAUGUCAGAAAGGCCAUACAGAUGUAGUGGAGAUAUUAAUCGAAAGAAGAGCAAACAUUGAAGCAUUGACUGGCUACAACUGGGCACCUAUUCAUCUAAGUGCUUCCAAUGGUCACUGCGCAAUUGUGGAUUUACUACUUGAUAACGGUGCACACGUCAACGCUGUUGAUACAGAACAAUGGACACCGCUUCAUUUGGCCUGUCAGAACGGUCAUAAAGAAGUUGUGAAGAUAGAUAUUGUAGAUUAUUUAAUCGAUAAAGGUGCAAACGUUAACGCCUUUGAUAAUGAAAAAAGGACCCCGCUUCAUUGUGCAUGUCAAAAUGGUCAUAAGGAAGUUGUGGAGAUAUUGAUCAAAAGAGAUGCCAAUAUUGACGCAUUGACUCAAAAUAAAAGGACAGCUCUUCAUGUAAGUGCUUCCAAAGGCCAUUGCGAUAUUGUAGAUAUGCUGCUUGAUAAUGGUGCGAACAUUAACGCUUUUGAUAUAGAAAAAUGUUCACCGCUACAUUUGGCAUGUCAGAAUGCUCAUAAAAAAGUGGUGGAGACAUUGCUAAGAAGGCGUGCCAAUAUUGAAGCACUGACUUACAGUAAAUCGACUGCUCUCCAUGUAAGUGCUUCCAAAGGAUACUGCGAAAUAGUUGUUUUUCUGAUCGAGAAAGGUGCUGAAAUAAAUGCCGUUGAUGAACAUAAUGUCACGCCACUUUAUAUGGCAUGCCAGAACGGCCACAAAGAUGUAGUGAAGACAUUGAUUGAAAAAGGUGCCAAUAUUGACGAAAUGUGUCACAAUAAACUUACUUCUCUUCAUAGAAGCGAUUCCAAGCGUAAUUGCGUAAACUUAGAUUUACUUCUAGGUCAAGGUGCAAAUAUGAAGUCUAUUGAAAUAGAUAACUGUACACCGCUUCAUUGGGCGUGCCGAAAAGGCCAUGAAGAUAUUGUAGAGAUAUUGAUGGCGAGAGGAGCUAAUAUUGAAGCAUUGACUGACUAUAAAUGGGCGGCUCUUCAUCUAAGUGCUGCCAAUGGUCACUGUGGUAUUGUAGAUUUACUACUUGAUAAGGGUGCAAACGUCAACGCUGUUGAUGUAGAAAAGUGGACACCUCAUCAUUUAGCAUGUCAAAAUGGCCAUAAAGAAGUUGUGGAGGUUUUGAUCAGAAGAGGUGCCAAAAUUAACGCAUUGACUAACAGAAAACGUACAGCUCUGCAUAUAAGUGCUUCCAAAGGUUACUACGAUAUUGUUGUUUUUCUGCUAGAGAAAGGUGCAAAGGUAAAUGCUAGAGAUGAAGAUAAACUUACGCCACUUCAUUUAGCAUGCCGAAAUGGUCACAAAGAUGUAGUGGAGACUUUGAUUCGAAGAGGUGCUAGCAUUGAAGCACUGAGUAACGAUAACUGUACAGCUCUCCACGUAAGUGCAGCCAAAGGUCAUUGCGAUAUUGUGGAUUUAUUACUUGAUAACGGGGCCAAUAUUAAUGCUGUUGAUAAAUAUGGACGCACGCCAUACAGUUUGGCAUUUAAGAACGGACACGUAGUUACAGUAGAGACCUUAUCUAAACAUGGCGAAAUGUGCGGCUAAAUGGGUAUUUUUCCUUACCAACUUGAUAUUUGCGGGGUGGGAACAAAAGUUUGCGUUAUAAGUCAUUCUACGAGACGUUUCCGAACAGCUGAUCGCAGAAGCGGCGUCAACUGACAGAAGUCCACGAACGUUUGUUUUGCUGGAAUAUCGUGUAAUUUUCGAAAAGGUACUAGCUCAAAAAAUUAAAGAUAAGAGAAAUUUGCGCAAAAAAAGGCUCAAAAGCAAUCGAAGAAGCAAUACAAAACUCAAUAAUUUAUCAGGUAUUUUUUUCGUUGCGAUUGACUCGUUUAGAGCUGAAAAGAAUUUCGAUAAAAAUUUCUCAUAUUUUUUUAGCCAGUUUGAAAAAUUACACUUGGCUUGCGCGCAGUCCUUAACCAUCAUCAACCGGAUGAUGAUUGAAAACGUAAGCAUUACCCGAGCAGGAACGAAUAACUGACACAUAACCCAUGUAACAAUUCCAUUGCUGAUUGGUUUUGUUUGGUUUUUAUGUGGCUGUCCAUAAACCACGUGGUCAUUUUUUUGGGACUUCUCAAACCCCCCCACAGUGGUUGAAAUCGCGAAAAACACGAUCGUGGCCAUUUUGAGUGUGAUAAUGUGAAAAUAAUAUAAUGUGAUGUUCUGCAAAGUUGUUACAUAUUUUAAGGAGCAACUUUUAAUAACUUUUGAUUUUUGAUAAAUUUACCCAAAAGUUAGAUGAAAAAUCUAUUUUCUACAAAAGCAAAGAAAACUAAAUGGUGUCUUCGGCAAAGUUGUAGAUAAUAUCAUGCAAAAAAAUAUUGCCGAAGAGACUUUUGCUCUAUCUUUUGAAAUGAGCGAUAUAUAAUAAAUUUAGUAUAAAAACCCCUUAAAACCUUGAAAAGCCACUAAAUGCUUUAUAUCUCUUUUGGAUUAGGUUUUCGAGGCUUCCGAUGUUCUGAAGAUUUUUUCAUUAUGUUAUUGUGCAUCUUUUUUCUUAAGACAGUGUUGCCAUAUUUUCAUUGUUUCUAUGUGAUUUUUUAUUUUUCCUAUAAAAAAUGACUGUUUUUAAUAAUGAGAUAUCUCGAAAAGUUGCAAAAAGUUGCAAAAAAUUCAAAGCAUUUUCGCGAUUUCAACCACUGUGCCCCCCCCC